CACAACAACAACAACAACAAUAACAAACACAUAACUAAUGGCAAAGCGACAACUGUUGAUGCUGGGAAUUAGGGCUAGCUUUCACACUAUCGCCGCCGUACUUGUGGCCGGAGUAAUAUUCACCGCCAUGUUUUUGUCCCGACACGGCCGUGUGCCAACGGAGUACACUCAAAGCCACGGUGUUUCGGACCGUGGGGGAGAUAGUGGGAGGGAGUGUAAUUUGUUUGAAGGGAAAUGGGUAUUUGAUAAUGAGUCAUACCCUCUUUACAAAGAAGAAGAUUGCAAGUUCAUGUCUGACCAGUUGGCUUGUGAGAAGUUUGGGAGAAAAGAUUUGAGUUACAAAUUCUGGAGGUGGCAACCUCACACAUGCAAUCUCCCCAGGUUCAAUGGGACGAAGUUGCUGGAGGGGCUAAGAAAUAAGAGGAUGGUGUACGUAGGAGACUCUUUAAACAGAGGCCAAUGGGUAUCAAUGGUGUGUAUGGUUAGUUCGGUCAUUACAAACCCAAAGGCCAUGUAUAUGCACAACAAUGGCUCUAACCUCAUCACCUUCAAAUCUCUCGAAUACAAUGCGACAAUAGACUUCUAUUGGGCUCCUUUACUAGUGGAAUCCAACUCGGAUGACCCGACUAACCAUAGAUUACCGGAGCGGAUAGUUCGGAUCCAAUCAAUAGAGAGACAUGCAAGGCAUUGGACCGAAUCUGAUAUUAUCGUCUUCAACUCUUAUUUAUGGUGGAGACGACCUCAUAUCAAGUCAUUGUGGGGGUCGUUUGAGAAGUUAGAUGGAAUAUACAAGGAAGUGGGGAUGGUGAGGGUUUAUGAGAUGGCUUUGCAAACUCUUUCUCAGUGGUUGGAGGUUCACGUUAACCCCAAUCGUACCAAACUUUUCUUCAUGUCCAUGUCUCCCACCCAUGAAAGGGCUGAAGAAUGGGGAGGAAAGCUUAACGAGAACUGUUAUGGAGAAACUAGGCAAAUAGAUAAAGAAGGAUAUAGUGGAAAAGGGUCGGAUCCAAAGAUGAUGAGAGUCUUAGAAAAUGUGCUUGAGGGGCUAAAAAGUCGAGGAUUGAACAUGCAGAUGAUAAACAUUACGCAAUUAUCAGAGUAUCGAAAAGAAGGUCAUCCUUCGAUCUACAGAAAGCAAUGGGACGUACCAUCGAAGGAUAAUGAAAACGUGAAUCCAAAUAGUAACUCAGACUGUAUACAUUGGUGUUUGCCUGGAGUUCCUGAUGUUUGGAAUGAACUCCUUUAUGCUUAUAUUGUUGAUCAUCCUUCUAGUUAACAGCUACACUUACUUCUUUUCUUUUCCUACGUAUUCCACUUCAAUUGUACAGUUGAUUUGCUACCAUCAUUUGAUCAAAUGUUUGCUAUGAAA